UGCCCAAAAGAGCAGAAAACUCCCAGGAGCCCUAAAUGAAAUCGAGAGCGCGCCAAAAGUUGUCCUGGUCGGAGGAAAACAAUCAAUCUGGUUCAUUGAUUGUUCUACGAGACAUGACGUCUGCAAUUGGAUGGUACGGUCCGUUAGUUGAUCUCUGCAAAACCGAUCAUCACAUCGGCGAUAUCGUUCAGCUUCUCGUCUUUGUUCACCGCUCCACUCCCGUUCAGUACAAAUUAUCAAAAGGUGGAGAAGUAAUCAGGACAGACAUUCAGGUUGGUGAUGAUACGCUGCCAUUUUUCUCCGUAUCGUUGUGGAAAAAGCAGAUGGGAACCAUGGUUGUUGCCGGUGAUAUCUUACUGUUGCAAAAUGUGAAGAUCACUAAAUUUGGACAUGCCGUUGAGGCCAGAACGGUCGAGUGGUCAUCGUUAGUAAGUUUAGUCCAUCCUUAUGGAUCACUUCUCUCAAAAGGUGUAGAUGAGUUAAUAGAGGAAUCUCAAGUAGGGAAAACAACGUUGGAAAAGCUUUGCAGGGUAAUAAAAUGGGUGCAGCGAGCUAGAUCUGCUCUUAACACAAUCGGGUCACACAGUUUUGUGAAACCGAGGAACUUGAAAUUGCCAAAACAGAGUGAAUCUCAGAACUUGCUCUUGCUUUCAGAAGUAUUGGGCCUAAGUAAUUCGUGUAAUGCAAUUUUUAACGCAUCAAUUGGUGAAAUUUUCCUACCAAUUACCUGGAGAGCUCUUGAUGACUCUGAUAAGGAAAAGAUGUUUGUCAGCAGGAGGACAAUGGAAGAUAAAGAUAAUAGUUUAGCAGAAGAUUUUAUUUGUAUUGGCUGUCACUUGUGUGGUUCUCCUUUGGUUUCAGAGAACGGGUCUAUAUGCAAGCAAAACAAUAAUUCACUCUAUUGCUCGAAAAGCCCAAAUCACCUUCAUGCAGUAACCUUGAUUUACAGGCCCUUUAUGUUAUAUGUCUGGGAUGAAUCAGAAUACCUGCCACUCCUCGUAAGAAACAAGGCUGCAGUAGUGCUGUUUGGAAACAUCAGGGCUGAAAGAGUCUACUCAUGCUUUAGAGGACAAAACCGUAGUCAUAAUUCCAACCAGGCAUAUUUUUGCCGGGAGAAUAAUCCUGAAGCUGUAAAGAAAGGAUUAGUGGGUUCUUGCUCAUCAGAUGCAGAUAAGAGCCUAGAAGUUAAGGAGAAAAACCACCACAAUAAAAACACUAACUUUCAUUUGAUUUGGUUGGUUCUUCUAAAGAUAUUGUUGCAGCAGGGAAAGAAUAGUCCCUUGAAAUUUGAGGCAACUGUGAACACCAGCCUAGAUACCGAACACGGGAAGUUUGAAAUGCUUUCUGUUUCAGUUCCAUGCGCCAGAAACAAAUUGUUCUCUGGUUGAUGUAUAUGUACUUUGCUAGUUAGAGGAUCCGAUAUUCCUUUUCGUGUAAUCAUAGACUCUACAAACUCUGCAACAUUCAGUAGUAGCUUACUGUCAUAGGGGCCUUCGUACCAAAAAAAAAAAAAAAGAGAGAAGAAAGUCAUUGGGAUCUUCUUCAUAUGAUCCUGUAAAGUGCAUCUCUGAGCCAUAUUCUACUACUCUCCGUAGUGAAGGCGUUGGCUUGUAAGGGAGGAGGAUGAAGCAGAAAGACUCCAUGAAGAAGGUGAGAAAGACUCCAUGAAGAAGGGAUGCAAGAAGCUGAUAUCGGAAUCACCAGAAAGUAAAUAGAAGGAGAAUCCAAUCCACCAUCUCUCUCUGGUGCCAAACAAGUUCAACGGGCUAACAGCUCUCCAACACGAGGUUCAUGGCUGUGCGGGCUAGAGAUCAAGACUCGGAUCCUGUUUCUGCAAAAUAUUCAUCUCCUGCAUUCUUGGGUUCUAGUAGCCUUGCUUGGCAUUCUGCAUGUUCUCUUCCACAUUGACUGGCCCCAUCAUAAUUUCAAGCAUUGUACCUGUCGUACGAAAGAACACAAGGGGUGCUAUAGAUUUUCGUUUUAUCCCAAAUGGAUUCGCUAGCAAAGCUCCUCCGACUGCAAAAAACAGACCUAUGUACCUAGUGCGCUGCAGAUAUAGAUCAUUCAUUAGCUAUGAUGGUUUCAUGGGAUAAUUUAUUAAAAAACCUUCUCUAGCUUAUUUAUUUUUUUAGUAUUU